GACCUGUUUGUCUGUGUGUGUACCUGUGUGUCCUCUACUUUAUGUGUACACAAAACACACAUUGACACACACUCGUACAUACACUUGCACAUGCACACACUAAACAAACAGACGAAGGCGACAAGGGUCUCGGCACUCGUCCUAUGUCAUCCCUUCAUCCCAUUUGCUGCUUUUCCACCUCCGAACUCCCUCCAUUUUUUCUGUUGUCUAUCAAGUCAGAGAUAUCCAGUCGCAUGCCAUUCUGUCUCUCCUGAAAUACACAUGCAGACAUAAUAAAGUCACCACAUGUUUUUUUUUUCAUAUCUGUGUGGGGCCCGAAGGGAUAAUACCACACCCAUGAAGUAAAAGCGCUUGAUGUUGGUGCAGUGUGAAGCAGUUUGUUCAUUAAUUCAGCAGACCUCUAUAAGACACAACAAGGCUCGACUUCUUAUUUCCGGGUGCAUUCAUUUACUCCGAAACACAAAAAUCUGCUUUGUUGAAUGUAAUUUUGUCAUCACUUACACUGAAUUAAGCACACAUUGGACCUACUGGGUAAUGUUUAUGGUCGUGAACCAGUUUGCGCACUUAGUUUACGUUGUUUCAUCCCAUUAAAAUGUUUGCAAUAGGGAGAUUUGAUAUGCUAAUCUCACCUUUUAUUAGAACAAAUAAUUAGUUACAGUCAGCGAUUGUUUUUAAGUUUUUCAGGUUUUCUCUGCUUGACGUUUUUCAUAAAGUAGGCGGCCCUGUUUUUAAACUCUUGCAUAUAUCAAACAAACCAGUCAUACUGGGAAUCAGCAUAGAGAUUUUAACAAUAGACUUAUUUAAGAUUGAACUAGCACAGUCAAACUGUUAUAUCAUCACCCCCAACCCAAACUUAUUUUGAAACGAUUUGAAGUUCAUCUCUGCCCACUGGUUUAUAUUUCACACCUUUCUCCUCUUUCACUGCCUUUUUAUUCCACGGAUGUAAGCUGCCACAUUAUAGAUCCUAUUUAUCGAGUGUUUAAUUUUCAUGUGUCACUCCUUCAUUUUUAUUUUCUCUCCCUCCUACAUCUUGGCUCGUCUACCACCUGAGGGACGAGCUCGCACUUCUCUGGCCUCGUCAUUAUCCAUCUCUCUUUCUCACCCUCGCUCCUUUCACCGUCUCCCUCGCUCUUUCGCUCGCCUCAAAAACUCCCACUGCCCUCCCCCCUUCCCAACCCCUCAGCCACCCAAAAUCAGCUGACACGCCAAAGCGCCACACUCCCAGAUGGCACAGGAACAAACCCAUUAGAGAAUUAAAGGCAGCUUUCUGACUCAUUCACAAAUUCGCUCAGUUGGAGAUUUCCAAGAAGUUAUAUUCUUACAAAACUUUUCCUGUUCUACUGUGAGCAUUUAUAAGUGUAGCAUUUCAAAUAAAGGUCUUGCCCUAAAUAGGUUGCACAAGACUAAAAAAAACACAAUAUUUUCUUAUAAUUAAUAAAGCAGGGAGGGAAAAAUCUAUCUAUUUUAAUAAAAACAUUAAUGGAAGUCUUCAAAAUAGCCUCAAAGAAGUUAUAUUUCAAACCAAACGCAAACAUUUUUUAAUUAUCACAAUGGACUAAAUGAUAAGAUUAUAAAACACAUCCCUCCCUUCCAUCCAUUUCUUGCUUGUACUCCCUCAUUUUUGUCCAUUUUGUGGUUUUCAAAACGUUUUUGCCAUUUCAGGCAUAUCAAAGCAUUACAAGCCAGUUGGAUUUACCGAAAACAAGAUUCUUGUAUAGUAUAUCACUGCAGCUCCUACUUUCUACUUCACAUUUUUCUUGAAUUUCAAGGACAUCGUUGGAAAGCCCAUGAUUUGGCCCUAUGGACAUGUCAGUGGAGAUCUUCUUGUGUUUCUUGUAUUUUCUCUGUCCCAUUUGUCCAUCACCCAGAAAUCAGUGAGACACUGCAGAAAAGGUUGCAAUGUGAUGAAAUAAGGAGACAGAGAAGGAUGCAGGUGGGGAUCGUCAAACAAAACUGACCGACAGCUAGAGACCUACAUCAAUGAAGAUCUAAGGCUAUAUUUUCUCUUCAAAAAUAGUAUCUUUUUAGAUACCAAAAAAAAAAAGAAGCCAAAAGGACAAAUCUCACUGUCAGCUGCUUGCUUCGUUUUUCAGCUCACUAGUGUUGACUCAUAUCAUUUAGUUGUUGUUUUUUCUUUUCUUUUUAUUGUAAGAAGACCAUGCCACCAGAGACUUAAGCCUCAGGAGCAUUAUCCAGGGCUUUUAGAUGCAUUUUUGUAUGUGUAUUUUUUACUAAAAGAAACAGACAUUUGUAGUUUAAUAUUUUAUUUAUUUAUUACUGAUUUUAAUUUAUGAGUUGGGGAAGCAGCUAUUUUCUUGAUUGAUCAUUAGACUCAAAUGAUCUGGAUCAACCUGGAUCUACAGUAAGCCUAAACCUAUCCAGGGUCCAUACAGAAGCUGUUUUUUUACUUUAAUACCAACCCUUCUUCCUCUGUGGUUUCCCUUGUGCUGCUUUAUCCAUUUGUCAUCCCUCUAUCUGAGGCUAUGAGAGGAAGAAAGGAGACCCAGCUCAAACCAUCAUGCCAGAGUUGAGCAUAGAGGAUGGCAGUUGGGCUGGCAAUGUUCAAGGGACUGCGUCUUCACUUCACUGCCAUGCUUGUCAGCCUCGGCCUCUCUCCCUCCUUCCGCCGUACCCUCUCCUCGCUCUCCGUCUCCCCUUCACCUUCCAGACUUCCUCUUUGCUCCUUUGUGCUCAUCCUGUUGCUGCUCCUCUUCCCAGUUUGCGAGUCACGGCGGGGCGGUGGGGGCAUGCCUGGGGGAGUGGCCACUGGCAACAUCAUUGGGCCUCCUCACUACUCUCCACCAAAUCCGGUGGCAUCAGUUCCCAAGUUGGCACAGGGCCUUAGCAUUGCUGUGGUCCUUGUGGGCAACUCGAGUGAGGUGGCACUGGCUGAGGGCUUAGAGAAGGAGGACUUCCUGCACGUACCCCUGGCACCCAAGCUCGACCUGGUCACAAUGAAUGAGACAGACCCAAAGAGCAUUAUCACUCGCAUAUGUGCACUCAUGUCUCGCCACUGGCUCCAGGGCGUUGUGUUUGGAGAUGACUCCGACCACGAGGCCAUUGCCCAGAUCCUUGACUUCAUCUCCGCACAGACCCACAUCCCCAUCCUGGGCAUUCGUGGAGGCUCCUCCAUGAUCAUGGCUGCCAAGGAUGACAACUCCAUGUUCUUCCAGUUUGGUCCGUCUAUUGAGCAGCAGGCGUCCGUCAUGCUCAACAUUAUGGAGGAGUACGACUGGUACAUCUUUUCCAUCGUCACUACCUACUACCCAGGGUACCAGGACUUUGUCAACAGGAUUCGGAGUACCAUAGAUAAUAGCUUUGUGGGAUGGGAACUGGAGGAGGUGUUGCUGCUUGAUAUGUCAGUGGACGAUGGCGACUCAAAAAUUCAGAACCAGCUGAAGAAGCUCCAGAGCCCUGUUAUCCUGCUCUACUGCACUAAAGAAGAGGCCGCCACCAUUUUUGAGGUGGCACAUUCAGUUGGCCUCACUGGAUACGGGUACACCUGGAUUGUACCAGCGCUGGUAGCGGGAGACGCUGACAACGUGCCCAAUGUCUUUCCUACAGGUCUCAUCUCGGUAUCUUAUGAUGAGUGGGAUUAUGGACUGGAGGCGCGUGUGCGUGAUGCUGUGGCAAUCAUUGCCAUGGCAACCUCCACCAUGAUGCUGGACCGCGGCCCCCACACACUGUUGAAGUCAGGUUGCCACGGUGCACCUGAAAAGAAAGGCCCCAAGGGGGGGAAUCCCAAUGAAGUUCUGAGAUACCUCAUGAAUGUGACAUUUGAGGGGCGCAAUCUUUCCUUCAGCGAGGAUGGCUACCAGAUGCACCCAAAGCUGGUUAUUAUUUUGCUGGAUAAGGAGAGACAGUGGGACAGGGUGGGUAAGUGGGAGAAUGGCUCACUGACCAUGAAGUACCAUGUGUGGCCACGCUUUGAGCUAUAUUCAGACGCAGAAGAAAGGGAUGACGACCACCUGUCUAUUGUCACACUGGAGGAGGCCCCGUUUGUCAUUGUGGAGGAUGUGGACCCCCUCAGUGGCACCUGCAUGAGAAACACGGUUCCCUGCCGGAAACAGCUCAAAACCCAAAACCAAACAGGAGAUUCAGGGAUCUAUAUCAAGCGCUGCUGCAAGGGCUUCUGCAUAGACAUCCUCAAAAAGAUCGCUAAAUCUGUGAAGUUCACCUACGACCUCUACCUAGUGACCAACGGGAAACACGGCAAGAAGAUCAAUGGCACAUGGAAUGGCAUGGUGGGCGAGGUGGUGUUUAAGAACGCUCACAUGGCAGUGGGCUCUCUGACCAUCAACGAGGAGAGGUCAGAAGUCAUUGACUUCUCUGUCCCUUUCAUAGAGACAGGCAUUAGUGUUAUGGUCUCACGUAGCAAUGGCACCGUGUCUCCUUCUGCCUUUCUAGAGCCUUUCAGUGCUGAUGUGUGGGUGAUGAUGUUUGUGAUGCUGCUGAUCGUAUCUGCUGUGGCCGUCUUUGUCUUUGAGUACUUCAGUCCAGUUGGCUAUAACCGCUGUCUGGCAGAUGGACGAGAGCCAGGUGGUCCCUCAUUCACAAUUGGAAAGGCCAUAUGGCUGCUCUGGGGUCUAGUCUUCAACAACUCUGUGCCUGUACAAAACCCCAAAGGCACCACCAGUAAGAUAAUGGUAUCAGUGUGGGCCUUCUUUGCUGUCAUCUUCCUGGCCAGUUACACUGCCAACCUGGCUGCCUUCAUGAUCCAAGAGGAGUACGUUGACCAGGUGUCUGGCCUCAGCGAUAAAAAGUUCCAACGGCCGAAUGACUUUUCUCCACCGUUCCGUUUUGGCACGGUUCCUAAUGGCAGCACGGAAAGGAACAUUAGGAACAACUACAAAGAGAUGCACAGCUACAUGACCAGCUUCCACCAGAAAAAUGUAGACGAGGCCCUGCACAGUUUAAAAACAGGAAAAUUGGAUGCAUUUAUCUAUGACGCCGCAGUGCUGAACUACAUGGCGGGCAGAGAUGAGGGCUGCAAGCUUGUGACAAUCGGUAGUGGUUAUAUCUUCGCUACCACAGGCUACGGCAUCGCCAUCCAGAAAGAUUCUGGCUGGAAAAGACCUGUAGACCUUGCUAUUCUGCAGUUGUUUGGAGAUGGUGAGAUGGAGGAGCUGGAGGCACUGUGGUUGACUGGGAUUUGCCACAACGAGAAGAACGAGGUGAUGAGCAGCCAGCUGGACGUUGACAACAUGGCCGGCGUCUUCUACAUGUUGGGGGCAGCCAUGGCACUGUCACUCAUCACCUUCAUAGCUGAGCACCUGUUCUACUGGCAGCUACGCUUUUGCUUCAUGGGCGUGUGUUCGGGCAAGCCUGGUGUCACCUUCUCCAUUAGCAGGGGCAUCUAUAGCUGCAUCCAUGGUGUUCAGAUCGAGGAGAACAAAUCAGGCCUCAACUCUCCGUCUGCCACUAUGAACAUGAACAUGAACAACACCCACUCUAACAUCCUUCGCUUGCUGCGCACCGCCAAAAACAUGACCUCUGUGCCUGGGGUCAAUGGCUCCCCCCUCAGUGCCCUGGACUAUGGCCACCGUGAAUCAGCUGUCUAUGACAUUAGUGAGCAUCGACGCAGUCUGGCAGGCCACAGUGACUGCAAGCCCCCACCUCCAUAUCUGCCAGAAGAUAAUAUGUUCAGCGACUAUGUGAGUGAUGUGGAGAGGACUUUUGGAAACAUGCACCUGAAGGACAGUAACCUGUACCAGGAUCAUUACCUGCACCACCAUGGGGGCACGGGAUCCGGACUGGCUCUGGGUAUGUCGGGUCCCUUGCCUAACCGACCUCGUAGCUUAGGCAGUGCCAGCUCAUUGGAGGGAGGGAUGUAUGAUUGUGACAGUUUAGGGGGAGGGGUAGCACCUAUUUUCACUACCCAGCCCCGCCAAUCGCUGACCCACAGGAACAGGGAAAAGUUUGACCUGAUUGCAGGUCAUCCCACCCAAUCGAGCUUCAAGUCUGGCCUGCCUGAUCUAUAUGGGAAGUUUUCCUUCAAGGGUGGGGCGUCCAGUUCAGGGUUUAUUGCGGGACAUGACAGGUACUGUGGGGGAGGAGGGGCAGGCUCGGGAGGGGACGACGGAAACAUCCGUUCUGAUGUUUCAGAUAUUUCCACUCACACAGUGACCUAUGGAAAUCUCGAAGGCAAUGCUAAGCGCCGCAAGCAGUACAGAGACAGCCUGAAAAAAAGGCCAGCAUCUGCCAAGUCACGUCGGGAGCAGGAUGAAAUUGAGCUGGGCUUUCGGAGGCGCACCCACCAUACCAUCCACCACCACCACCACCAUCAUCCUGUUACACAAGGGCACCGUUCAGCAACCCCACCUGUGGAACGCAAGAGCCUGAGAGGGGGCAACUCCUCAUAUGUGUUCCGUGACAAAGAUAACAUGAGGGACUUCUACAUUGACCAGUUUCGAUCCAAAGAAGGGGCAUCUCAAUGGGAGCACUUGGAUUUGAGUGAUGCCCCCGGAAUGGGUGGCGGAGGGGGUCUGGGUGGGGGCGGAUGUGGCGGCAUAGUCAGCAGUGGUGGUGGCGGGGGAGCGUGCACUAGUUUGGUUCCUGUGGACGAUUUCUUGAAAGGUAAAUCCAAGAAGACAGAAUGUAAGGGUGGAGUGGGAGGAUCUCCUGGGCAGCAGGGCCAUGCAUGCUGGGAAAAGAACAUUGGAGGGGUGGGAGGUUUGGCCGGAGGGGAUUGGGAAUGCCGUAACUGCCAUAGUGGAGGCAACAAACCCAUUUGCAUGCAUGGGGGAGGAGGGGGUGUAGGGGGAUCAAGUGGAGGAGGUGGGGGUAGUGGACAAGCUUCCAGCCGGCCAAGCUCAGCCACUUGCAAGCGAUGUGAUUCAUGCAAGAAGCCAGGCAACUUGUAUGACAUCAGUGAGGACAACCACCUUCUCCUGGAUCAGAUAGGGGGCAAGUUUCCCCUGGAAGGUGGAAAGGGAGGUGGUGGAGGUGGAGGGGCCCAAACCCAGGUGCAGAGGCGCAAGUUUGGCCCAGGGGGCAGGGUGUUGCGUAGACAGCAUUCCUAUGACACAUUCGUAGACCUGCAGAAAGAAGGGGCGAAUAGGAUGGGAAGCUCUGGAGGGUUUGGAGGAGCAUCUAUGCUUCCUCAACCCCGUAGUGUGAGUCUGAAAGAAAAAGAUCGCUACACGGAAGGUGCCAGCCCAUAUGCCCAGAUGUUUGAGAGGUAUAUGGGAGGGGAGAGGGAUACUACAUUUUUUAGUGCCGGGGACCAAGGGAAGGGAGGUGGAUCCUCGUUUAACUUGUUCCGUGGGGGUGAGGGUGGGUUGCACCGUCGCUCAGUAGGCGAAAGAGACAUGAGGGACAGGGAUAGAGGCAUGAUGGGAGGAGGUAUGGGAGGUACCCGAGGGGUUGGGACUUACUCCUUGUCUAAAUCUCUCUACCCAGAUAAGGUGAACCAGAACCCAUUCAUCCCAACCUUCGGCGAUGACCAGUGCCUAUUACAUGGCGCCAAAUCGUACUACAUCAAAAAGCAGCAGGCACAGCCGCAGCAGCAACAGACGCAACAGCAGCAACAGCUCCUCAACAACAACAACCGGGCAGACUUCCGUGGCUCCAUGGGGGUGACUUCUUAUUUGCCAGCCUCUGCCUCUGCUGGCGUUUUAUCCAACGUGGGACCUCGUUUUCCCAAGGAGCUGUGCCUGGGUGGGCCACUAAGCAACCACCAUGGAGGGGCACCAGGCAACAACAAGCUGCUGUCAGCAAGGGAAGGGUUAGGAAUGGGGCAAGCACAGAGACCUUUCAAUGGCUCAAGUAAUGGACAUGUAUACGAGAAGCUCUCCAGCAUUGAAUCUGAUGUCUGAUGAUUAUGUUGAGUAAGAGACAGAGGCAGAAAAAGAGAAAAUAGAAAGAAACAAAUGGAAAAUCAAAGGCAAGAGGCACCAGAUUAAGGUAAUGACCAACUGAUCAUGUCUACUUUGUCUACUAAUUUCACAUUCAAAACCAAGAAAGCAAGCAAGAUGAACUUAUCUAAUCUUGAUACAGGUGGACAAUGCACUGUUGGAGCCCUGUAAAUAGAGAGAAAGGACCUGUUCACAAGACAAAAGCUCAGACCAGAUAGUGACAACCUCAGUAUCUCCCUCUAUUUUAUCCUCUCCUCUUUUUAUUAUCCCUUCUGUUUUUCUGCUUCUCAUACCAAAACACAAUGUCCGAUCCAGUACACAGACCUGUGUCGUGAAAAGAGAAAUCAAUUAUAAUCUAGAAACAACAGGGUAAACCUUACAAUAAUUGUAUUAAUCAUGUUAACAAUAAUAUUAUUGGAUAUGAUUAUGUUCAUUUCGGGAUUGAUUUCUGUAUGUUAUAUGCGGUAAUAUCUUUGUACUCUGUUUACUAUUCUUUGUUAGCAUACUACUUUGCAUAGAAUACUUAUUUCAUCAUGGGUUGUCAUUUGAUCCUAUUUGUUGACUGAGCUUGCAUUGUCUUACAUCAUCAUGCCGUUUUGCCCUGAUCUGGAACUCCAGGAUCGCCAGGGACAAUGCCAAGCUGGGAAAAAUGUAGACAAACUUGUUUUCCUUUCAGCUUUAUUUACUAUUAAUUAUUCAUAUUUAUUUCAUUUAUUGAGUGCUCUAAUAUUAUACAUAAAAGGCAUGAUUUGCAAGGUACUUCAAUUGUACUCAAGAUAUUGUGCUAAAGGACAAUUAUUAUGAUCUCUUUUUAUGGCUUUACAUUUUUUUUAUAGUUUUGCAAUUAUUGUCAGUAGAACGUUGGUUUAGUAUACAGCACAUUACGUGCCUUAGCAGAAGUCCCAGAAUUCUAAUUAUACAGGUCAUGUUGCUAUGACAGCUUUCUGGUCACUGCACACAGAUUGGUCACUGGAUGAGUAUUCAUGAUUUCGGGUCAUUACUUAUGAUAAAUGCAACUGAUAAGGAAGUGUAAUGUCCAAUUACGUGCAGAGACAUAACACAAUCAUAAAUUGGAUGAUUGUGCUGCACAGAUGUAAUUUAGAAUUAUUGUUUUCCAAAAUUUGUUUUGAACUGAAUUUGCACAGCUCUUCAUGAAACCUGAUCAAAUGUUUUAUUUAACGCAUUUAUUAGAUGUAAGAAUCAGACAGGAGAAAUACAUGUCUUUAGUAUUUUAAUUGAGCUGCAGGGUGUUAAAAUCAAAUAUUGGCCUUCAAUUAACUUUAAAUAACUUCAAUUAAUUCAUGAAUUUUCCGUCUUUGGUUUACCUUUUUUCUCUUUCUUUUUUGUGCACCAUUAGCCAAGAAUGAUAUGGGUGUUACAGGAUAUUAUGAAAGAGCUUUUCCUUGGCAUCUGCUUGUAUUUUAUAAGUGUAAAUAUUCCUUUUUCCACAGUGUACAGUGAGGAUACAGCAGAGAUAUAACAUUAGAAAGAUGUUUUACUAAAUUAGAUAUGAAAUUAGAUUUUUCUCAACAAUUCAAAUUGUCCAAAAAAAUGCAUAAAAUAUCAUAAAGAAUGUACAAGUCCUGUCACCCUGUCCAUCUCUGGGAGGCAACAUUUAUAUAUAUAUAUAUAUAUAUAUAUAUAUAUAUAUAUAUAUAUAUAUAUAUAUAUAUAUAUAUAUAUGUUUGCUUUUAUUUUUUAUUUGUCAAAUAAAUAUGUUGCAGUAAAAUAUAGUAAUCAAAUGAAACAUUAUAUAAUUAAUCAUUUAUAUAUAUUAGUCCAAUGACACUUGUACAACCAAGAACUGGGUUAUUUUGUUUUCUGUUACAAGGAAAAAAUACACUUGGGAAAAUUUAGUUGUAUAAUUACUAACCUGUGCCAUAUUUACUUUUUACUUCCACCAAUGAACAUGUUACAUUGCUGGUAGUCCCAGACAUCCAAUUAUUUUAAAAUAUACCUAUAAAGAUCGAUAUGAGUUUGUUUUUGUGUGUGAAAUAUACAUUUUCUUUAUUCACAUUUUAUAAACAUACUCAGCCAAACAGAUCUCCAAUUCAAGCACAAUGUUUAUAUCAGUAAUUGCUGUGUAAAUAUCUAUUUUGUGGACUUUAAGAAAAUACCACUUUUAUCGCCACACCUUAUUGAUUUUUUUGCUAAGUGUGUGAGAGUUUGUGAAACCGUGAGUACAUUGUGAGAUACAUGCAUGCAUCUUUCUUUCUAUUUUGCAUUCCAGCUUUUUAAAUUAUGUAUAAUUCAAAUACCACGUUCUGUGUUUUUCUUUUUCAUGUAAAGAAACGUGUGUUUAUUUUGCUUAAUUUGUACCAGUUAGUGCCACACAGAAUUCAGACUGUACGGUCUGGCAUGACGGGCGGAUACACUAAUGAGAAUGGACAUUAUGGAAUAUAGAUAUGAAAAAACUUGAUAGAUGUAAAACAGAAAGCAUUAUCAUGUCUUCAGUCAUCUGAUUUAUUGUGUGGGGUUUUAACUUGAGAAGUUUAUUUUCGUUCUUGUGUUUAUAGGGCUAAUUUUUUUCACUGUAAGGAAAUUAAAUCUUAACCUAUCAUUGCAAAAAAAAAUUGCAUGUUUGACCCUUAGCAAAAUGUGAUUUUUAUUUUAUACAGUCUUUUUAUCUGAUUGAUUCCUUCAAUUGAGUAUGUUCCUUAAAUGACAGAUAUUUUGCAGGUUUGGUGUAAAAUUAUGCAGUGUGGCCACUUCUUCUGUCACUCUUGAUGUUUUAUGUGGGAUGGAUAUUUGAGAACAGGACAGAGAAAAUCUGUGUAAGUGGGUGAGAGUGAAACAGACCGUUUCUCAGAAAGGAAGUCACACAGGCUAACUCCUAAGCUAUGGGGAUAGCAGUCCUAAGGAAUUCAAUGAAUUAGCUGUUCAAAUUCCUUAUUUUUGCACGAAAUUGAGCUGGCAAGGAACAGGGUUCGCCUUUGCUCUUCCUCAGAAACAGCUGCCGUUCUUCCUGUAACGUAGCCUAUAGUUUGGACUCACACCAAUUCACUGGAGGCUCUGUGAUAGCAGAGUUGUUCACUGCAUGUAGGUGGAGAUCACAAGAGACUAUGGCAGGAGUGUACACAUGAGAGAGUGAAAGAUAGUAGCCUACAUUUCAUUUUUGCACUCUGUUAUCAUUUUUACUCAUGUAUAUGAUUCUUGGGAGUUGACUGUUGCACACAGAGAGUGCAACAUUGUUAUUGAGCAUAGGCUUAUCAGUUCCUGUUUUCCAUUUGCUCCUCAAAUCCCUUCUCUGCUAUUGUAUGUCACAGGUAUUUGUAGAAUACAUGUGCCUGAACUCAUGCUUGAUUACCUCUGUGUGUGGGUAUGUGUGAGACACACUGCACAUACAUUGAAGUUCUGCUGUAAAUAAAUAAGUCCCCUUUUCCAUAAUUUUUAAUAUAUGGAGAUAAUAAGAUGGGGUAAUUUGGCAUAGUCUUUUGUUAGGAAGGUUUUAUAACCACCAUCUAAGAUAUAGAAAAAUCAUGUGACCAAGGGUAGACCCAACAUUGCAAGGAUAAAACAUGCGCCUUUGUUGUCUUUCAUAUGAAGUGAUAUUUCUAAUUAUCUUUUUUUCUUUGUUUAUUUUUUGGACACUUACUUUAAAUGUUACUAACAAAUUACAAAUGUACAGAUUGUGUAAAUAUGACCAAAUGGUUUCUCUUAAUCCAUUUUUUGUAUAGAGAGAGAUUACCUGUGUUUAAGAUUACAAUAAUAAUUUAACAGGAAAUUUCACAAUACUUAAGAUAUUGAGAAUACAGACACAGUAUGUGUGAAAUAUAAGUGCUAAGAUAUAUUCUUCUGUCUCUUUGUAUAAAACAGUGUUGACAGUAAAUAAAAGGGAGAAAUCCCACA